AUGCCUGCCUAUCACUCCCAAUUCAACGAUGUAACAGAAGUAGAAACAAUUGGUGGAAUGGCAUUAUUGCCGAUUAAAUCGGAUAAAAGAUAUAUUAGAGCACCAUCUAUCGAGUAUGAUAUAGUUGAUGAAGCGUUAGAUCUUUUCAGAGCCAAUUGUUUUUUUCGUAAUUUUGAGGUUAAAGGAAAUGCGGAUCGAGUAUUAAUCUAUUUAAUAUUAGUGAUUUCUGAUUACUUAAGUCAGCUACUAAUAAAAAAUCCAACACAAAAAGAGGCAGUAAAAUUUUUAAAUAAUCGAGCAGUAGAUAAUGAAUUGGAAACUAUUCCUGGCGAAGUAACAUUUCCAUUAAGAGUUUAUUGUUCUUCACCAGCUAACAGAAAUGAAAUGGCUGUAACAAAUAAUGCAUCCAUUAAAACAUUUGAGCAUAUAUUAUCAGCGACUUUUGGAGUUAUCAGUGACCAGGCAUCGAAAUUAGGAUUAAAAGAAAAUAAAUCUAUAAUUAGCCUUUAUGGAAUUUAUCAAGUCAUACAAUUUAAUCACGCACCAUUAAUUACUAUUUUAAUUGCUGAUUCUGAAGCAAACACUGGCGUAUUAUUAGAUCUUGGAAAUGAAUUAAAAGAAAUAGCAGAUUUAAUAUCUGCAACAUUAAUUGAAAGACAAACAUCAGCAACAUAG